CGCGGAUGCUGACGCGGGUGUGGGGCGGGCUUGUCGACAAGAACCCCGGCAACGGCGUGUUUACAUGUCGAGAAAAGAAGCAAUCCCUUUAUGCAUUGCAUCAAGUACUUGUUGUAGGCGAUAACACGGGUGGCUGUCUGUUUAUACGGCCCUCUUGACUUUUCUCGACACGCAUCCACAAUACAUCCUUCCUUCCGUCUCACUCUUCCACCUAGAUUUCAAUUCACCAAGCUCUUCUCGCAUUCUCACUCCAGCGCCUCGGACACUUCGCUCUCGCUGUCUCUCUCAUAUCACGCAAUCUUCGAGCAUUCCCACGUCAACACCAACAUUCACACCAUGGCUGCUGUCGCCCCAGCUUCGAAUGCACCCGCAAGUCCUUCCAAGUCCAAGGACAAUGGCAAUGUCAUCAAGCGCCUGCAAGGCGAGCUCAUGACGCUGAUGACAUCCCCCGCCCCUGGUAUCAGUGCAUUCCCGCAUAACGGCGACCUCACUGUCUGGGACGGUACCAUCGUGGGACCCGCCGAUACUCCCUACGCCGGGCUCACUCUCAAGUUGCGCUUCAACUUCCCUGCCCGCUAUCCUUACGUCCCUCCGGAGGUCCGCUUCACCACUCCCAUCUACCACCCCAAUGUCGACAUGAAGGGUCGCAUCUGCCUGGAUAUUCUCAAGGACAAGUGGAGCGCCGUCUUGAACGUCGGCUCUGUGCUUCUGUCUCUGCAGAGCUUGCUCGGCGAGCCCAACAAUGCCUCUCCCCUCAAUGGUCAGGCUGCCGAGCUCUGGGAUACCAACAUGGACGAGUUCAAGCGCAAUGUCCUUGCCCGCCACCAGGACCUCACCGACGAGGAGAUGGAGUAGUCGGCCACUUUUUCCCACUC